AUGUUUUUCACUCCGGAGUCUCCGGCGUGGCUCGUGAAACAGAAUAGCCCGAAAUCGAUGCAAGACGGUGACGGCAGCCAUUUCUCCGUGGCCUAUCUGAAAGACCCUGCCGUACUUCGACCGCUCCUGAUCGCUAUAAUCCUGGCAGGCACGCAGCAGGCUUGUGGAAUCGACGUGAUACUCUUCUACACGAACGAAAUAGUUUCUUCAGCGUCUCAGAGCAUCGAACCCUCGAUUCAAGCCAUCAUCGCGGGUGCGGCUCAAGUCGUUUUCACGUUCGUAGCGGCUCUGCUCAUCGAUCGCGCCGGUCGUCGAGUGCUGCUGCUGGCCUCGAGUACAAUAUCCCUCAUCGGGAUGCUUCUUCUGAUCGCUUCCUACGUCCUGCAAGAACAGAAAAGUCCAGCGUUGGAUGACUUGAGUUGGCUCCCGGCGAUAUCGCUAUCAAUUUUCGUCGCGGGCUUCUCCUUCGGACUCAGACCAGUGCCUUGGCUCCUCAUGGUUGAAUUGCUCCCAGCUCGCGCGGGGGGUCGGGGUAGGACUGAGCGUAAGGUUCAACUCGCUAUGUGCGUUCCUGGUGACAAAAUUCUCCCCUAA